AUGGCGUCAAAGAGCGAGGACUUGAAAGUGAUCCGGUGUACUUAUUUUGAGCUAAAACAGGUCGCAGACUCUUUGGAAAAGCCUCGAGGUAAGUCUAGAAAGGGUUCAAGGACUACAGCUACGAGUCCUGUCAAGAAAACAGCGGAACGUUCCCGCGAUGAGGUGAAAACCAAUGUCAAAAAGACCUCUUGUGGAGACAGGGAGCGUGAAGUACAUGCACGUCAGAGUAAACCGUUGCCUGAUCAAACACGCAACGGAAAGGAUACGGCGCGUGAAAAGCUAUCAGGAAGCCCUAAAAAGAAACCUUCAGCUAAAAAGACAGCUACGAAGGAACAAAACCGUGGUAUUAUUAAUAAGAACGGGUUGAUCACAACAGUUGGGAAUGCUGGACGUGUUACAUCACCUAGUAAAAGUGUUAGAUUUGAUGUUGAAAAUGCGAAGGAAUCUUCUGGAAUUGAAGACGAUAUCAGCGAAUAUGAUAGAGGUUUGAUUUUACCAAACAGAUUGCUUUAUGACCCAUCAAAUAGCGAGGAUAACAAGGGUACUGUUGAUGAUAAAACACCUGGUCAGGAUCUUGUUGAUAUGAUGGACAAACUACAUACUGGUCAGAGCCCUGCUCGUAGAAAUAUUGGCCCAAAAUCAAACCCAACGAAAUCACCAAAUCAAGCAAAUCCAAGAAAGGUGAACAAAAAAAUUGCUGAAACACUUCUAACAGAUGCCGGUUACCUUGAGGCGGAUCUUGAUAACCUCUUGUCACGCCGAAUCAACUCCAAAGAGCAAUUGGAUCGUGUAACAAAUUUGUGCUUGCAGAUCCAGGAAAAGUGUAAGACAAUUAUGGAGACUGAUCUGUAUGUGUUUACUACGAAAGAAGUUUAUCUUUUGCUCUGGAGAUCCGGCAUUUACCAACUCAUUGAACGUUUGCGAGCACUACAGAAGUCGGAAGGAGACGAGAACUGGUCAAGUGACGUAACCUGCAUGUUGCAAAGGUUCCUUGACACCACAAAUGGUUUUGUAAAUGGUUUAAUUACAAGUCUUGAAGACAAAAAUGAGUUUUCAUUGAAGAGCUUUCUUGAUGCACCAAAUCAGUUUGAUAACAGCAGUCGUUCGGUGAAAAUGGCUCUGUUAAGUUGCCAUCAUUUCAUGAUUUUCCUUGGCGACAUUGAAAGAUACCAUCAAAACCUUUCCUCGUCCAAAGAAUGGAGCGUUGCACGUUCGUGUUACCUCAAAGCCAUCAAAAUUGCUCCAAGGAAUGGCAAACCGUACAACCAGCUAGCGGUGAUUGCUGUGUACGCCAAGCGACGUCUGGACUCUGUGUAUUACUAUGUCAGAAGCCUGUGUGUCAGUAAUCCCAUCAUGACAGCCCGGGAAAAAUUACACGCGAUUUACGACGACGUGCAACGCAAGGCGUACGACUUGCAUGCCUCGGUUCAAAUGGAAAAGGAAAGGCAAGCUCAUGAGAAUGAACGAACACGAGAUAUGAUGGCUUCCUGUGGUCCAGGGCGCCGACGGCACAAUAGUGGUUCGGGGGUGCAAGACAGAAAAACGAUGGAGAAAGGACGACAUGAGUUGUGGGUGUUUUAUCAGAGUGGCACCCGCAGGGAAUAUCUGUUUACGCCAACAGGAAUGAUCAAAGGACAGCAGAAUCAAAUUGAAGCAAACGAAAGAAAAGAUAAAACAACCUCGAAAAUAUCUUUGAACGAGAUCAGCAAGCAAUUCGAAAUCUUCUUUUUGUUUUGCCAUGCUAUGCUUUAUUCAAAAAUUGGAAUCGAUCAUUUCUUGGAAAAUCAUUACAAAACGUUGGGAUUAUUCCGUACUCUGUUGCGUCAUCCAAGAAAUUCGGCGGUGAAAAUGAAGAGGCUGGUGGAAAUAAUGGCCAUCAAUAUGUUCGAAAUUGAAAAUCUCGCAGACGAAGAUCAUGGUCAGUUCAUGGAGGGGACACCCCUGGAUCUUGCGCUCAACCUUGGCUGUGAAAUGUCGCUGUGUUUGUGCAAAGCGAUCUCUGAUAUCAUCAUCACGUCCUCAGAAAACAGCUCAGGUCAAGAUAUCUCUCAGUUGCCUGGUUUAACCAGUUACCUUCCUGCGAUCAAAGUUUGGUUUGAUUGGAUCCAGAUUAAUAUUUCUUUGCUGAGAUCAUCUUCUAUAAGCAUAAAAGAAGAGUUUUGGAGCAGCAUCGCUAGUCUACUAAAUAAUUUGAAAGGAAUUUUUGGCUCGGAGAUAUCAGCAAGUGAGAUUACACCAGGUGAAGUAGUCCUGACACUACCCGAAGAUGAUCAUCUCAGUGGUUUUAAACCGCUGGCGGAAGCUGUAAAACCAUGCACAAAAGUUGGGCCUGACUUAGAAAAGGAAAUAGUUUGCAGUCGACUCAGAACCGAGGCUCUACUAUCGAUUGCCCAGUUCCUUUGUGAGUUUGAAGAUUUACCACUAAGAUUUGAUGAGGAUUCUCAACAGUAUUACGUCACAGCAAUAAUAGCAACAUCCGAGAUGAGCCAGGCGACUGGGAACGAGAUUGAUGAGGCUGACAUUGAUGAUGACGAUGAUGAUGAUGUCAUUGUUGAAAGCGUUGAAGAUAUCGACUCAGACUCAGAAUUGCCAAGCCACGUUCAGGAGCUUAAGGCGAAAAAAGACGCGUUGACAAAGGAGAUUUUGAACCAGAAACAGAGAGAGGAAGAAGCUCAGGCAGUCUUGGUCGAGCACUCGAACAAACCAACCUUGGUACUGGAGAUCAACCCGCAAUAUCUUGUGCCUGAUACAAACUGUUUCAUAGAUCAUCUGCAUGAGUUGCAGUAUAUCGUCGAGUCCAGAUAUUUCACCGUUGUUAUGCCGCUAGUCGUGAUAAAUGAACUCGAUGGUCUUGCGAAAGGUUUUUCGGACGCAGAGCAACAACACCGUGCUGAUUUCGUCGCAAAUCAAGCAAGAGCUGCAGUGGACUUCUUGGAAUAUCGUUUCAGUCUGUCGGACUCUCAAAUGCUGGCGUUGACAAGCAAAGGAUCCGUUUUGACGACCAUUGCAUUUCGUAUCGAAGAACCGACGGCUGGAAGAGGUAUAAAUGAUGACAUCAUUUUAAAUUGUUGCACACAUUAUUGUGACGCGAAGAUGGACGUAGUUAACAAACUCGCUACAGCCGACCAGCCGUUCACUGUAAGACGUAAAGUCGUUCUGCUCACGGAGGACCGAAACCUUCGUUUGAAGGCGCAUGUGCAGAACAUCCCCGUUGUUACUGUUCCACAGUUCCUGGAAAUGAUCGUUCCGUAAACGCCCUUACAACAAACGCUUUCCAAGAAAAGACGGAUUCAUCAGAUGCAGGCUUGCGUCUCACAAGCCCUGGGAAGAACCUCAAGGCCAAAGAGACUUCGAAGUAUUGUUUAACAGGAUCUCCUUAUGUCCUGAAUACGAAGAAAGGCUGCGGCAAGGAUUGCCAAGAAAUGCAAGUUAAAAAAA